AAAAAGUAAAUUCCUGCCACCCUGGAAAAUACAGCUAUUGGUAUCGCCCAGCUACUUGAAAUCAAAAUGGCGCUGCCCUUGUGAGAAAAACUGUCCGUGGUAAUAUUUCCAAUUUUAAGCAACGAGGACUCAAGAAAUUGCACACAGAAUUGCAGAAAAGGUUAUCAGCCACAGCUAUAUAUACCAUGGCUGGUUUGUCCAAUUAUGCCAGAAGGAUGGCGAGGCUCAGUGCCCAGAUCUUUGGAGAAGUCACACGAAACACUGAUAAAAAGUCCAUGAGGGUUGUGAAGAUGUUCAGUGAAAAACCCAUCUGGCUGAAAAGGGAAAUUGUUGACUACUAUCCAAACCAUGACAUUCUGGUCAAGAUGAUGGCUGACCUUCGGAAAAUAGGACUGUACAGAGAUGAACAUCAGGAUUUCAAAGAGGAGAUGAGAAGACUUCGAGCACUUAGAGGAAAGGUUAAACCUAAGAAAGGGGAAGGCAAAAGAGCUUCAAAAAGAAAAUGAUCUCAACAUAUUGUACUUGUGAUAGCUUUGGAUAAGUGAUAAUUCAAUACCUUUUGAACUACAUGUAUAUACAGUACUUGUAUUGUGCUGCAAGGACAAGCACAAGACAUUGGGAAUCAUCAUCCGUGUAUUGUUUGUAUUUGUUGUUAACUAGCUGAUCAUUCAGGAAGGAGAUUAAACUCUUAUUGCG